AUGAAUCCUUAUCUGAUUGAGACCUACAUCUACAUCGUACUCCCUUCCAAGAGUCACCCUUGGAUCCAACUUGAAUGUUCUUCUCCGUAUGGUCCACAAUUGCCUUGUGAGAACAAAGCCUGUGACAUGUCCAAAAUGCUCCUACGUUCAAGCCAAACAUUCGACCAGCGUCCCAUACCUAGGCACCAACAGCGAAAGCAAUAA